AUGGGCGAUCCACAAUUUUUCAAAUACCCGGAUCUCCAGCUGUCUCAGCACAUCUUCCAGCUAACGAAUCCCGCGUCUUCCAAAGCUGCCAAACAAGCUUCUCUCCAGUCCAUCCAAAAUGCCAUCAAGGAGCACAAAAUGGCGCCGCUCUACCGGCAUCUCGCGCAUCCUGUUGAAGGGGUCUUGAACGAGCAAGGGGAGGGCACAGCACAGCACCCCACCACCUACAGGCGACCGUCUAGCGCCGCGACCAUUCUCGCCACGAAGAACCCGACGCUCGACGUUAACCUACCAUGGGAUGAGAACUUGUACGAGAGCUUGAAGGCCGAUAAUGAGAAGGAGCUUGAGGCAAUACAGAAGGAGGAAGAUGAGGCCGUAGAGAAGGCUGGAGAGACGGAAGUGCAAGCAGCACGAGGAAAGAGGGCGGAGUACUACACUCGCAUUGGCGAUAAGGAGAAAGCCAUUGCAGCCUUCGAGACCGUUUUUGAGAAGACCAGCAUUCUAGGCACCAAGAUCGAUAUCGUGCUCGCCAUAAUACGAAUCGGUUUGUUCUUCGGCGACCGGGUGUUGGUAAAGAAGACGGUCGAGCGGGCGAGUGCCUUGGUCGAGCAGGGCGGAGACUGGGAUCGCCGGAAUCGCCUGAAGGCAUACAACGGGCUGCACCUUCUGACGGUUCGGUCAUAUGCACAAGCCGCUCCGCUGCUCCUCGACAGUCUCUCUACGUUCACGAGCUACGAACUAUGCAGCUACUCUUCGCUCGUUGUCUACGCAAUGCUGGCAGGAUCCGUAUCUCUCAAACGAGUCGACUUCAAGGCCAAGGUGGUGGACGCUCCUGAGAUCAAGGCUAUCGUCGGAAGUGCAGACGAGAAGAUCUCGGCGAUUACUGGACAGGCUUCUGCAGGACCUGCGGCUGGCGACGAGGAGAUGACCGAAGCUUCGACGACGGCCACACCAACGCCCACCGUUGUGAACCUCACGACACUCGGAGGGGAGCAGGACAAGGAGGUCGCGAUUGACUUCUCUCCGCUCGCCCUGCUGGUCAAGAGCUUGUACGAAGGCAACUACAAGAAUUUCUUCAAGGCACUAGGAGAGGUUGAGGUGAACUUCCUCAGCCAAGACCGCUACCUUUACGAGCACCGGGGUUGGUUUGUCAAGGAGAUGCGGCUGCGGGCGUACCAGCAGCUGUUGCAGUCGUACAGGGUUGUAGGACUGCAGAGCAUGGCGAAUGACUUUGGCGUCACCGUCGACUUCCUUGACAAGGAUCUCGCCAAGUUCAUUGCUUCGGACCGGAUUCCGUGCACGAUAGAUCGCGUGAAGGGCAUCAUUGAGACAAACAGGCCGGAUGACAAGAACAAACAGUACGCGGACGUGGUCAAACAGGGCGACCAGCUCAUCACGAAGCUGCAAAAGUACGGGCAGGCGGUCAGGCUACGGGGAAGCGAACGGGGUUGA